AAAAAAAAAGAAAAAAAAAAAAAAAAAAAAAAAAAAGAAAAAAAAAGGCUCUAAGCCACAUGUACAUAUACACCAGUGUUAUUUGACAUGUAAUAAAGAAAACCACGUUAACAUCUGCCACAUCAUCAUACUGCAAUGCUCCAUUGUGACACGUGUCUUAUAUUAGCAUGUCCGCUUUGCAAAUGUCAUCACACGUAAGCCUCAUAGGAAGCUUAGUCACACGUGUCACAGAUUGCCAUGUCAUUUCCGUACACGUCGUCACUUGCGUGCCACGUAGGAUGCUCUGAUCCAUGUGUUAAAUGUCGGCCACAUAGGCUAUUACACAUCAUCAAGUGCAUGCCACAAACGUGUUGCAUGUCAGCUAUGUACACGUCAUUUAUCGUGUGCCACAUAGGAGAUUUACUACGUGUCAAGUGAUGGCAUUGUCAAUUAGUACGCGUCAUCAGCGGCACGUAGAACUGUUUCACCUGUCAUGAUGUACAGCAUGUCAGGUUGUACACAUCUCAUGACCACAUAGGAGCUUCUGUCCAUGUUCAUUUCAUUGCCAUGUCAUAUGUAGACACAUCAUCAACACAUGUACGAAGGUGCACAUGUCAUCUAUGUACAGGUCAUCGGAUACACACCACCUAGGAGGCUUCUUCAGUAGUCUUCGCCACAUAUGCAUUUUGUUCCACGUGUCAUUCUGUUUGCUUGUUAGCUUCUGCAAGUUAUCAUCCUGUGCCACAUGGGAAGCUUGGUCAUCGUGUCUUGUACUUGCUACGUCAUAGGUAGCCACACCAGCAAUUUCAUGUCACUUUUAGCCACAUCGUCAUUAGCAUGCCUGCCAGAUCGGAUUUAACGUGGCAUAGGCUAAUCCUAUGCUUCCUCCAUGUGAAGUGAAGCUAUCUGUUUUGGACACAUAAUCAGAAUUUGCAGUCCACUCUUGCCACGUGGUCUCAAGCCAGACAAGAACCAAUGAGUUUCUUCCACACUAGUAAAAGGCCGCAGGUCAACGUCUGUCAUUCGUCCCUCCUUCCACAAGAUUCGGUUUUUGACCAAAAUCUCUGCAAAUUGAGCUUCGAUAGAUCUGCUGCGGUGAUAUCACAGAUUUUCUUUGUUACUUUCAUAAAAUCUUUAAUUUGUUAUCCUUGCACGAUCAACGGCUUCAUGAGCUAUUUGUGUUCCGCCAAAUUUCUAACCUGAAAUCGAUUUUGCAGAGAUGGCUUCCAUUUUCCAUUUCACUAAUUAGGGAGUUUGGAAUAGUUGAACAAUGGAUUUCGAAAUAAUUUAAAUGACGAUUAAUACGAUGGAAUCCUUUGAAUCGAGUCCCCUGAUAAUCCUGAACAUGGAGCACCCAGGUGCUAUCCUCCUUCAUAGUAAAUCUUUCAGAACAAACAAACUGCCUAGGGAUGCCAAAGUUGGAAGAAACUUGCAAUGUUUCUGUCUUCUAUUCACAGGUUCCGCAAAUGGAUGUGAUUUCUGGAUUGAAACCUCAGAAACAGACUCCAAAAAGACAUGUUAUUUUAUUGGAUUUGCAAAAGAGGAACUUUCAUAUGAAGAAAUUAGGUGAAAGGAGUAACCUUUGGUCUAUGUCUUGGUUCCUCCGACUCCAAAUGUUGAUGCAAUUUCAGACCGGAAGCAGAUAUGUUACCAGGUGACUAUAGGUUUGCGAUGGAACGGAAGGAUAUUGUAAGGUUUCUAAUCACUACUGUGGAUAGUUUUUUACAAGAUCGGUUGAUCAAUAAGGAGCAAAGGGCCCUGCACAAAGAACAGUGUGCUGAGAGAUUAGCGGCUGAAGAUGGGAGCUGUGACAAGGACACAGAGGUUCGAUACUCUGAUCAAGCAGUAUUAGCAAAUUUAGAUUGGGGUAUUGAAGCCCUAGAAGAAGCUAUCAACACUGCUAAUAUAGAAACAAAGUUGGCACGACUAGAUCAUGCAGAGAAGAUGCUGCAAGUUUGUGCCAUGUUGAAUUCCAACCAAAGGACAGCCGGAGUUCCCAAUUUCUACCUCUCUGCUUGGGCUCACCUUAACCUUUCAUAUCUCUGGAAACUGCGUAACAAUGUUCACAAUUCAGUUUAUCAUGUUCUUGAGAUGUUUAUUAUUGAUCCAUUCUUCUCAAGGAUUGAUUUUGCUCCUGAACUUUGGAAAGAUUUAUUUCUGCCACAUAUGAGCUCAAUUGUUGGGUGGUAUUCCGAGGCAAGGCACAGGCUGAUGAUGGAAGUGGUUCCUGAUUCUGCUGAUUUGUCAUUUACGGCUGACUUGGAUCAAUUCUUCAAUGAGUCUCUGGUCUUUUCUUUGAGGCCAGACCAAGUGGAAAAAUUGCAGAAGUUGGAGCUGCUUUAUGGAGAAUCAUUGGAUGAGAACACACGGCUUUUUGCUACAUACUAUGAAGAUUGCAUGAACGUUGAUUCUACCACAAGCAAAAAGAUGGCUCCAAUGUUGCCAAUAGCAGAGCCACCAAUGACUCCUCUGCAUGAGGUUAGCCGAUCAAUUCCUGAUUAUGUGAAAUUUGGUCCCAUCUUGCCUAAGAGUGCUGGUUUUUCUCCAGUUCUUCGUUCUAAAUAUGAUGCAAGAGAAGCAAGCAGAUUGAGUAGAGGUUCAACUAUCUCAAAUAACUUUGAAGAUUCUACGUUGUGGGAUCCUCAGGAGGCCAUGCCUGAAGAGAAUGAAGAUGAUUCUGAUUGUGAACCUAAUGAUGCUGAUUUGAAUUCUGAAGAUCAAAGUGAUAAGUUGGUAAUCCUUACCUGCAAGACAACAACCCAGAAUAAGGAAAUUGGCGGAAGCAUAAAGUCAUCUAAAUCAAACAGCCAAAAGCAUUCACCCACAAUUUUCUCUCCUAUGGAUUCCCCAAGAAAUCUUUUGUCCAAGAUUUCUUCUUCAAAUAUAGAUAUGCAUCCUAAAAAGGAAUCCACACCUCUAUUGCGGCUUCUGUCCGGCCAUGUCACGGAUUCUACAAUUGCCCCCUCUGUGCCUGUUUCUCCACAGGGGAGUAAUUGUUACAGCAUUAGGUCACCAGACUCAGAUGUUGAAGCAAUAGAUCUGCAAAGAAGUACCAGGAGAAACUACAGUCGGAGGUGCAGUAUAAGUUAUGAAAAUAUAAACAGCCAUGUAUCAGAGACUGGUUCUCUUAACGAGAGUGAGGAAGGAAGCCAGAGUUGCAUUUCUCUCCCCAUGUCUGAUAAGUUGUCUUCUCGUUCAAGACCACCAAAAGAUUUUGUUUGCCCUAUCACAGGUCAGCUUUUUAAUGACCCAGUUACCCUUGAAACUGGUCAGACUUAUGAAAGAAAAGCAAUUCAAGAAUGGCUAGGAAGAGGAAAUGCAACAUGCCCCAUUACUCGGCAAGCUCUAUCUGCAAAUUCACUGCCCAAAACAAAUUAUGUUUUGAAGAGACUCAUAACAUCUUGGAAAGAGCAGUACCCUGAUCUUGCUCAGGAAUUUUUGUACUCUGAAACACCGAGGAACUCAUUCAGCUGCUCCUCCAUGAAAGAAACUUCGUUCACAUCGACUCCCUUGAGAACAUUUGAUUUUAGCAAUUACAAUAGCACGGAUAAUCAUAUUCAUCAUAGGAGCAAAAGAUUUGUACGGUCAGCUGUAUCUACAUCCCCAACUAGUGUAAUUUCCCAAGCCACUAUAGAAACAAUCAUCAACGGCUUAAAGGCACAUAUUUCAUGUAUCUGCACUUCAGAAAACUUACAAGAAUGUGAAUCAGCAGUUUUAGCAAUUGCAAAAUUAUGGAAGGACUCAAAGGGUGACCCUGCGGUUCAUUCAUAUUUGUCGAAACCAACAAUUGUAAAUGGGUUUGUGGAAAUACUAUCAGAUUCUCUGAACAGAGAAGUUCUCAGAACAUCAAUUUUCAUUCUUUCUGAACUGUUAUUUUCAGAUGAGAGUGUGGGAGAGAUUCUGACCGGUGUAGAUUCUGAUUUUGAUUGCUUGGCUGCUUUGCUUAAAAAUGGGCUAGCUGAAGCUGUUGUUCUUAUAUACCAGCUGAGGCCAUCAUUUGCUCAGCUUUCGGCCCACAGCUUGAUACCCUCCCUUGUUAAUAUAAUCCAGAUGAAAACUGAAGAUCCAGAUGAUCUUCAGUUAGUGAUAGAGCCAAAGGAUGCUGCCUUAGCGAUGCUUGAGCAGAUACUUACAGGAGGGGAUGAAAACAGCCAGUCUGUUAAUGCUGUUAGUGUUAUUUCUACAAAUGGAAUUCCAGCAUUGGUUAAGUGUUUGGAUGAGGUUGAAGGAAGAAAAUCUGUUAUUACCAUACUUCUAAGCUGCAUCCUUGCUGAUAAGAGUUGUCGGAACUUCAUAGCAAGUAGAAUCCAAUUACAUCCUGUUCUUGAGUUAUUUCAUUCUGGAAAUGAUAGUGUAAGAGGCAUAUGCAUGGAUUUUCUUUCAGAGUUAGUUCAGUUAAACAGGAGGACAUUCUGCAAUCAGAUCUUGCAGAUAAUUAAAGAUGAAGGAUCAUUCAGUACCAUGCAUACCUUUCUUGUGUAUCUUCAAAUGGCUCCCAUGGAGCAGCAACCUGCCAUUGCCACUCUUCUUCUGCAGCUUGAUCUCUUGGUUGAGCCACGGAAGAUGAGCAUUUAUAGGGAAGAAGCUGUGGAAACACUUAUUGAAGCACUUCAAAAAAAGGACUUUUCUAAUUCCCAAAUGAUGGCUCUAGAUGCUUUAUUAUCUCUUUCUGGACGUCUCACUUCGUCUGGGAAGUCUUAUAUGGAAGCCUGGCUACUUAAUAUUGUAGGAUUUAGUCAACCUUACAAUGCUCUGAUGAAGGCAGAGGGACUGAAGAAGCGAGAAAAUAAUUUGCUGGAAACAAUGGAAGACGAAGAGAAAGCUGCAAGUUCUUGGGAGAAAAAGGUAGCUUUUGUACUUUGCAAUCACGAAAAAGGUUCUAUUUUUAAAGCUUUGGAGGAAUGUUUCAAGAGUAACUCCUUGGAGAUGGCAAAAUCAUGCCUUGUCAUUUCCACAUGGCUUACAUACAUGCUUUCAGUUCUUCCUGAUACCGGUGUAAAAGAAGUUGCUCGUAAGUCCUUGCUUGAUGAAUUUAUAGAUGUCCUCCAAUCAUCGAGAAACAUGGAAGAGAAGAUUAUGGCGACCCUUGCGUUGAAAACUUUUGUUAGUGACCCAGCUGCACUUGAGGAGAUGGGAAAGUAUGCCAAAUGCAUCUAUAAAACCUUGAGAAAGUUUAAGAGAACCUCCCCUGUGAUUACUGAUGUACUGAAAUCGUUGAUGAACCUGUCCUCUGUCAAUGCAACAGAGUUGUGGCAUUGUACUGAAGUGGUCGAGUUGGAAUCAUCUGCAAAUGGUGAAGUUCUGUCAUUGCUUCAUCUGAAAGGCCGUGUUUUAAGCGGCCAUUCUGAUGGAACCAUAAAGGUGUGGGAUGCUGGGAAGAGGGGUUUAAGGUUAAUUCAUGAAGUUCGUGAACACACAAAAGCUGUCACAUGCCUUUAUGUUCCAUCUUCCGGUGAUAAAUUGUACAGCGGUUCCUUAGACAAAACGGUCCGGGUCUGGGCAAUCAAGCCUGAAGAAAUUCACUGUGUUCAAGUUCAUGAUGUGAAAGAGGUAGUGUAUGAGUUGACAGCUAAUGCUAAAGUCGCAUGCUUUAUCUCUCAGGGAACAGGAGUUAAGGUAUACAAUUGGUCUGGGGUUCCAAAGCAUGUAACCUUCAACAAAACUGUGAAGUGCCUUGCUAUGACAGGGGAUAAAUUAUAUUGUGGUUGCUCUGGCUACAGUAUCCAGGAGGUGGAUUUGUGCAAAUUGACAUCAACCACGUUCUAUUCUGGUACAAGAAAAUUGCUGGGGAAACAAAUUAUACAUUCCCUACAUAUUCAUGAUGGUCUUCUCUUGGCUGGUGGCUCGGCAAUUGAUGGCACAGCAGGCAAGGUAUUUUCUCACUCCACAAAAGCAGUAGUGGGAUCAUUUUCAACAGGAAUGGACAUCCUGCGUAUUGUUGCCAACAAUGACUUCAUAUUCACAGCCACAAAAUGUGGGGCGAUUGAGGUUUGGUUAAAAGAAAGAGUAACAAGAGUUGCCUCCAUCAAGGUGACUGGUGGCAGCCAUUCAAAAAUGACAUCUUUAACAUCUGAUAUGGAUGGAGGAAUGCUGUAUGCUGGUUAUUCUGAUGGCAAGAUUCAGGCUUGGGCAAUGGACUGAAGAAUCCUGCAAAAGUUCCAUUUGAUGUAAAUAAAGUUCAUUUACAGAGCGACGAAUCCUGUUAACUUGUUAAAAUCUCUUUACUUGUCAUCAUAUUUUGUCCAAGGCUUAUUUGGUUAUUAAAAUUCUCAUCCACUGUCCAUUUUCUAUAGUUUUACAAUGGAGUCUCCUGAUUAGAUCCCAGUAUUAUUUAACAAAAAUACUGUUGAAAAUUCAAUGUUGGAUUUACUAGAGGCAACCGGAACGAAAAGGCAACUUAUAUUUGUUAGACACGAUCAGCAAAGUGACACCCUUCGGCGAUUAAUCAGAGCUCCACAAUUUCUCACCCCUCUUUUUCAGCGUAGGUAGAAUCUUUCA